GGCGGAUGCGGGAGCGGCGGUAGGGAGCGCCUUCCUCCCCCUUCUUCCUCUUCCUCCUCCUCCUCCUCCUCCUCCUCCUCCUCCUCCUCCUCCUCCUCCUCCUUUUUCUUCUCCUCCUCCUGCUGGCCCAGGCUCUGGACAGCAAAGGGGCAGAGCCCGGCGCGGUGGGGAGGGAAGGGUGCGGCCCCCGCAGCCGCCCCCCCCAAAAGCGCUGCCUUAUCGCUGAUAUCCCUUAUCUCUGCCAUCCCUUAUCUAUCAUCUCUGCCAUCCCUUAUCUAUCUCUGCCAUCCCUUAUCUCUGAUCCCCUCGUGUCCCGUUCUCCGCCCUCCCCGCGAAGUUAAAGGCAAGAGCCCAGCAUGGUUGAGAACUCUCCGGCCCCGCUGCCAGAAAGGGCAAUUUAUGGAUUUGCGCUUUUUUUGGGCUCGUGGUUUGGCUUCAUUUUGUACCUUAUCUGGGCUUAUAUUCCUGAGACUUGGCUUUUCUCCCUGGGACUGACAUACUGGCCUCAAAAGUACUGGGCAGUUGCUCUGCCAGUUUAUCUCCUGGUGGCUGUGGGAAUUGGUUAUAUUUUGCUUUUUGGGAUUAACAUGAUGAGCACAGCUCCACUCAACUCCACUCACACCAUCACAGAUAACUUUGCAAAAAAGCAGCAGCAGAAGAAAUUCCAGGAGGAGGCAAUUCCAGCCCUGAGGGAUAUUCCCAUCAGUGAAGUCAACAGGAUGUUCUUCCUCCCUGAAAAAGGCAUCUGCAAUAGCAGAUAGUUUUUACUAAAAUCUGUUUGGACAAAGGAUUGAUAAAAAUUACUGAGGGACAAUUAAAACCUCUCGAAGCUAAAAAAAAAAACCAAAACAACUCUUUCAACUUUUUUUCCCCUGAAUUUCUAAUUAACUUCAUAUGACUUUAUUAUUAUUAUUAUUAUGCACCUUAUUAACCUGCAUUGCUCUGAAAAUUAUGCCCCAGUAAUUUAUCUGGUUGUUCUUUAAAAAUUAAAAAAGUGGGUUGAAAAGUGUUCUGUUACUUGCAAGCUUUUUGCUUGGAAUUCCCCUCUGAGAGGGAAAAAAAGCAGCUUUUAAACAGUUUAAUUCUAUUUUUCUUUUAAUUCAGGGAGAGAAAAAUGUGUUUUGCUAGUCAAACACUUGAGGAUCUUUUUUGAAUUGUUAACUGGAAGUGUUUGCAUUGUAAAUAUAUCAUUUGCCUUUGUAAAUAUUAAUAAAAUGUGGCUGAUUUUUCCAUCUUCA